AUGGUGGAGGAGGUGAAGGUGGUGGAGUGCUGCAUGGUGACGCCCAGCGAGGAGACGCCCAGGUGCAGACUCUGGCUCUCCCCGCUUGACCUCAUGAUGGUCAACAGGGGCCACACCCCGAUAGUCUACUUCUACCGCUCCGCCUCAGUCUCCGACGACGGCUUCUUCGAGGUGGCCAGGCUGAAGGCCGCGAUGGCCAAGGCCCUGGUCCCGUUCUGCCCUCUCGCCGGCCGUCUGGGCGUUGAUGGUGAUGGCCGGCCAGAGAUCGACUGCACUGGACAAGGUGCGCGCUUCAUGGUUGCUCGCUCAGAACUCGCCGCCGCCGACUUCAGCGCUCGCCAGCCGUCGCCUGAGCCGAGGAGGCUCUUCGUCCCCAGGGACAUCGACGAUGUCAUACUCGCCGUCCAGGUGACCUUCUUCAAGUGCGGUGGGGUGGCCCUAGGCACCGCGCUGCACCACGUCGCCAUCGACGCCCUAAGCGCGUUCCACUUCUUCCAGACGUGGUCCGCCUUCUCCAGAGACGAGGCCGGCGACGGCGCUGGAGCAGCCGCGACAGCGCUGGAGCUGCCAUGCCACGACCGUACCCUCCUUCGCGCACGCUCCCCGCCACGCGUCGUCAACCCCGACGCUCUCUCCGUGUUCUUGCCCCUCAAAAACGACCCAAACAUACCCGUGCCGGAGCCAUCUGGGCCUGCCGUCAACGAGAUUUUUGUUCUGUCCAACGACCAGGUCACCGCUCUGAAGCGUGCCUGCGGUGGCGCGAGCACGUUCUGCGUGUUGUUCGCCCACGUGUGGCGCUGCCUGUGCGCCGCUCGGCGGCUACCGACGGACGCCGAGACGCGGUUCAGCUUCCCGGCUAACUUCCGGCGCAGCCUAAGGCCGUCGCUCCCGGCACGCUACUUCGGCAACGGGAUAAUCAUGGUGGGCACCGCCUGCAAGGUGCGGGACGUCGUCGCCACGGACGGCUCGAAGGACCAGGCGCCGCUGGCCUCCGUCGCCGGACGGAUCAGGGACGUCGUCCGCGGGCUGGACGACGAGCUGGUGCGCUCCUCGAUUGACUACCUGGAGACGGCGCCAACUAUGCCUGCGGCGUGCAGCAUGCCGGCGACGGAGCUGACUAAACAUUGGAUUAUAAAGAAUGAUGACCUCAAAGACAAAGAGCUUCAAGAACUCGGUUCUGAAACUUUUGGUAAAAUGAUGGAUUCCGAUGCUUCGUCGGGCGAGGAGUAUGGACCAAUGGGGCUUGACCAAAGGAUUCAAGAUGAGUUCUUCAAUUCGUCAGAUUCGAAUGAAGAAGUGGACAUGAUUAUGCUCAUGAGCAUGCAAGAGGAAAUGGACCGGGAGUGGAGGCACACGACGACUACUUCAAGCUCACAAGGGAUUGCUGCGGCAAACUCGGUCAAGCAGAAGUGCACGGCUGCUCUGAGGAUGCUUGCACUUGGUACUAUCGCAGAUGUCACUGGUGAGAUGGUCAGGAUGCGGGAGAGCAUGUGCCUGAAAACUACUGUCAAAUUUGCCUGCGCCGUGCUGGAGGUGUUUGGACCUGAGUAUCUCAGAGAACCAAAUGUGGAGGACACAGAGAAGUUGUUGGCUAUUGGAGAGGCAAUGGGGUUCCCAGAAAUGCUCGGAUCAAUUAAUUGCAUGCAUUGGCAAUGGAAGAAUUGUCCUAAAGGUCUACGGGGAAUGUAUCAAGGUCACACCAGAGAGGCCACCAUCAUACUAAAAGUGGCGGCAUCACAAGACUUAUGGAUUUGGCAUGCUUUCUUUGAAAUGCCGGGUUCUCACAUUGACAUCAACGUGCUUCAACGAUCUCCGGUGUUCAGGAGGCUUUGCAAUGGGGAAUCAACGUCGUGCAACUACACCGUCAACGGCCGAGACUACAACAUGGGGUACUAUCUUGCCAAUGGUAUCUAUCCUCAGUGA